UGACAGGUGCUAAUCUCGAACUGCGCGAGAUGAUAGCGUUAUUUAACCAAAGUGACUUAUGGCGGGAAAUUUGUACUUUCUGUUUAAUUUUGAAAGAUAAUUAUAUUAAACAAUUAACAGUUUGUCUAGUUUUGUGUACGAUUUUCUGUAUUUAUUUAAGGAGAGUGAAACUUAAAUUAAACUCUCCACCAUGUUGUCGUGGCUGGAUUCCUUUUCUUGGAUGUGCUCUGGAUUUUGGAAAGAGUCCACUCACGUUUAUUGGACAGAAAAAGGAUGAGCAUGGCCCUUUAUUUUCGGUGUACGUGGCUGGUCAGACCCUCCAUAUCCUCACAGACCAAACCAUGUAUCAAGUUUUCUUUGAGUCACCAUGCCUUGACUUUGAGCUCACUGUCUUUGACGCUAUUACAAAAGCAGGACUGAUUAAUAAGGACAAAUUUAUCGAGCGUCACUCGAAACUCUACCAUGCCGUGAAGGGUACGCUUUCCCCACUGAGACUUGACGAUGUGACAGGGGCUAUUUGUGGCAAGUUUCGGAAACAGUUUGACGUCUUUAUCCCGAAAGAGGAGAGGUUCGAGCUGUACGGGAUGGUGAAGCGCUGUAUGUACGCACCCAUCGCAGAAACGCUGUAUGGAGAUUGUGGAUUCUCUUUCGAUGACAAGCAAAACUAUCUCCAGUUUAUUGAGCAGUUUGAAUGCUUCGACGAGAACUUCGAGCUUGGUGUACAACUGCCAUCUAUCUUUAGCCGGAAAUGGACGCAAGCAAGAAACGGCCUUCUGAAGAGAAUGAGUGAAAAGUUUUUCAAAAGCACACACAAGGAUAACAUGACCCUGUUGGAUGAACUUAACAGCGUAACAGGAGAGGAUGCCCCAAACUAUGCUGUGCUUGUGAUGUUGGCCGCGUUAAGCAAUGCUGUUCCGAUUGUGUUCUGGGCCAUAGCUAGAAUAUUAACUGAUGAACGAGUGAAACAGAAACUUUACCAGGAGUUAAAUGAACUUCGAUCAGAAAAGCCAAAUAAUGACUUUGACUUGAGUUUCGAGGACCUUAAGCAGCUCCCAUAUCUCCGUUGCUGCGUACAGGAAGCACUGAGACUGCAGUCAGAGGGAAUUGUGGGUCGUAAAAUUGUCAAGGAUAUAAACCUCCUGGGUUAUGACCUUCAGAAGGGUGAUCUACUGGUGCUAUGUCCAUAUUGGGCUCACAGAAAUGAGCAAUUUUUCCCUGACCCUGAAGCCUUCAAGCCCGAAAGGUGGGAGGGUGUGAGUUUCGCCCGCAUGUCCUACAGGCAGGGGUUCAUUGCCUUCGGAGGGGGCAGGUCACAGUGCCCUGGCAGGUAUUUUGCCCACAGUGUGAUGCAAAAGUUUGUGGCCUCAUUUUUAUUGCAGUUUCACUGUACACCUCACACCCCUGUACCAGCUGCUAGUAUGAUGCAUUUAGUUGGGGUCCAGCAUCCAACCAGCGAUUUCAUCGUGUCAUGUUCGAAGAGGAAUUUAUGAAAUUAUGAAAAAUGAUAUUUGAUGGACACUGACUUCAAGAUCAAGCUAUGAUUGCCUUAUUUAAGAUUCAGGAAAGUCAAUUGUAACAACUUGGCCAUCUCCUACAAGCUUUAGGAUAGCUCUUCUAAAUAGGCCUCAAGAUAUACAGCCAAACCUUGUUGGCUCGAUCUCCAAGGGACCAGCGAAAAUACCAGGAGCCUCAAGAAUUUUUACCAUCAGAAGAAUGAAAUUGUUCCUUUGCAUCCAGUUCUAGCCAGCGAGGACCUCAAUUCCAAGCGAGUUCGAACCAAUGGUGUUCAACUGUAAGGUGAUGAGGCCCCUGGUGAUUAACUCAGUUAUCAUUAUGCUAUUAAUAAAGUAGACCCAUGUAAACAGUGUACUGAAAUGAAUGAUGAUUCAAAUUAAAAGAAAUGCAGCUUGAUGAUUUUCCCUCAAACAUAAAAAUGUCCCUUCAUGGUUAAAAACACAUACUUCACAUUUUCAAUUUACCAUUAUGGACUAUUUUUGAAGAGCCGUAUUUUUUCAAAGAUCAUAACUGUUGGUAAUGGCGGAGGGGUUCCAAUUGCUGGAAAAUAUGUUCUAUAUAAUGUUAUAAGCAUAGGUGGCAGUAUCAACAUGAAAUUGUGCAUUACUGGUCGAUACUGCCCCCUAUGGUACAAAGUACAUAUAGAAUCAAUAAAGCAGGUUUUAAAGGGGU